CUGUACUACAACUGUACAGUGUACGUCUGUUCGUUUCAAUAAAAAAUUAUUGGUAGAUAAAAAAUGUACUCCAUAAUAUUAUACUAAAAAAACACUAUUGUAUUGUCAUGUGUGAAACUAAUCAAACGCCCGUAAAAUGAAAAUAAUACAGUUGAUUAUUUGUUGUUAAAACUAAAAUCAUAACUCGAAUCAAAUUACAUUCUUAACUGUAACCUUAACUUAUUGCACAUCGUGAAUAUACCAUUUUACACUUAAAUCACAACGUGUGUCAUGAGAUAUUUCUUUAAUUUAAUAUUGGUAGUACAAUUAAUUAAUUUUGAGUUAUAAAACUUAAAUGUAUUGUGUUUAUUGAGCAAAUCGCCAGUCGAUUAAUUUUGUUUUUUAUUAAUAUAAUUGAUUAUCAUUCCGUGUCAAUGAUAAUCAAUUAUAUUGAACCUCGUUUUGCGAUAUUAUGACUUCAUUUCAUAUCUAAGGUAAGAUGAAUAUUAAUUAUUGGUACCAAAUUUUUGGUUAUUUCGCACUUAACGUUUAAUUUAUUCUACAUUUUAUUUAAUUUGGUUACCUAAGUGUUUCUUUAUUAAUCAUUUAAAUUUGAUCACAGAAAUAAUUAGUUUAUUUGAUUUACUAUUAACUAAAUAUUUAGUUACUAUCAAAAUUUAUUACGAAUAGAGAUGGCAUAUUCAGUGGUAAUUCCUGGGAAUAUUUAGAAUAAUCAAGGUACUACAAAUAUUAAAUUAGUUUUUAAAUUAAUUAAAAACUUAAAUGUAAUUUUACUGUGCUCAAUACCUAGUUAAAUUGUUAACUAUAAUAAAAAUAUACAUUGCAUUGUUGUAGGUAGGUACAUCUAUUUUAAAUUAUAAUUAAACAUGUAUAUUUUUUAAAUUUUAUUGAGAAUAAAUAAGGUAGGUAGGAUGACUUCUGAUAAAUUAUGAAAUAUAUAUUACUAUGGAUUGAUUAAUUUAAUGGUAAUAUAUUCAUUAAUUACUUUUAAAACUAUUAAUUAUAAAUUAAUGUCUACCUAUGUGUAAAUUUAUCAUAAUUUUGAUUUGAUAUUAUCUCGCAAUUCCAACCUAGGUAUGUUUCUCUAUAGAUUCAGGUUCAUGUGAAAUCGGUACUAAUACAGUAAUAAUUUAAAUAGUUCUCCACUGCAUGCAAUAUUUUCGUUUGUAUUUUUUUUUCUGAUGGAAUUGGAUCCUAAAUUUCUUGUCCUGAAUAUCAUGGGAUGUUAAAUCAGUGAUCAAAUAUUUAAAUCUUACUGACAAUAUUCUAAUGUAAAAUGCCUAGUUACAAAACAUUUUGUAUUUUACUUAAUAUUACUAACAUAUUUUACAUAAUCAAAGUAAAGUCAACUUAAAUUAUUAUAAAAUAUAUGAACAAAUAUACCUAAUGUAAAAUUAACAUAUUUUGUAUAAUAAUAAUAUUAUAAUAGCAUAUAAUUUUAAUUGAUCAUAGAAAACUGAAAAAGUUUUGAAUAAAUACAUCCAUCUGCUAAGAAGACAAUUAAUGUCACAAACUAACUGACACUAAUUGAUAUUAGCUAAAUGUUAGUAGUAAAAUAUAAUUUUAUCUAGUAGUUGUAGUUGUUUUAUAGAAAAACCAUAGAUGGAUAUUAUAUAUAUAUAUAUAUGUACAGGUGUCCCAUAAAGAUAUACUCAUUGUAAUAUCUUUGGAGAUAAUAAAAAUAAUCAAAUUCUAUUUCAUAUUACUCAUUGAAAUAAGGACCAUAAAUAUUUAUAUGGUAAUUUAUUUUUAUGUUUUGGUAAAAAAUGUAAAAACAAUUAUUAUUUUUUAAAAAAUUUCAAUAUAGCCAUUUCUGAACAUUUUGAUGUAUCAACUUUUUAUUUUCAUUAAAUUCUUGAUAUUUAAUAAUUUUUUAAAGUUUAGAGAAAAGAGGUGUAAAGUAAUUUGUAAUAAUAAUAAUAAUAAUCAAUGAGAGACUGAUUAAAGCUUGCUCCAUAAUUACGGGUACUUUUCUUUGAUCUUUAAACAAUUGUUAAAAACCAUUAAUUUAAUGAAAAUACAAAGUUGGUACAUCAAAUUUUUUAGAAAAAUAAACUAUAAAAUUAUCAUCUUCAAUUUUUUAUUAAAAUAAUAAAAUAAAAAACUAUUUUUUAAGUUUUUUUAUCAAUGCAUAAACAAAUUAAUUACAAUGUAAAUAUUUGUAGUCCUUAUCCCUGUGAGUACCAAAUAUAUAUAUAAAAAAAAAAAUAGAAUUGGAUUACCUUUAUAUCUCAAAAAAUAAUAUAAUGGAUAUAUCUUUGUAAGGUACCUUGUAUAUACUUAACUAAUAAAUAAGAGCAUAAAUGAUAUACACCAAAAAGUUUCAAUAAUAUUUUAAAUCACAGGGGUCACAUUCUAUAAAUUACAUAUGUGUUUGAAUUUAUAUGAAUCAAUAAUACAGAUAUGUGCUUGACAAUUUUCAUUUGAACUAUUUUUUUUACUGAUAGUUUUCAAAAAUUUAGAUUUUUUAUUCGAUAACUAACUUAUAAAAUAUAAUUUGUGUAUUUUAGGUUUCUUUAUUUUCUUUGUAGUAUGCGAAAAAUUUAAACUAUUACAUGUAUAAUAAUCAAUACAUUUUAGAAAAUGUGCCUUCAUAUAAUAUAAUACAAAAUGGAAAUAUUUUAUAAAAACAUUAGAUACCUAACUUUUGUUUGCAUUUUCUAUACUAGUAGGUAUUAUAGUUUAAUACAACUUUAUAAUAUAAUAUCACUAAAUAAAUAACAAAUUUAUUUUGAUAAAUUAUAAUAUCAAAAUAAAUUUGUUGUUGACUAACCAACCAAAUGUAUCUACUUUAAUAAAAAUUAUGUUGAUUCAGAUGGAAUGCCUAAAAUAAAAAUAUGGGUAAUGGUUUGAUUUUCAAGAAAUAUUUUUGUUAAAGUUUAUUUUUGGUGCACACUGUUCGGUAGGUAAUAAAAAACAUCAUUAUUAAAUAGGUUAAUAUAUCUUAUAGGGGAUUAAACUUUAAUAAAAUAUGUAUUAGGAAGUAUAAAAAACAAAAAACUCAAAAUAAGCACAUUCACAGCUCAAUUAUGCAAAAUGAUAUGUUUUCAAAUACUAUACUUGUCACUGUAAUUUUAUAAAAUGGAUACAUAUCGCAUUCUGCUAGAUUUUAAAUAAAAAAAAUCCAAAUAUACAAAUUUCAUCAAAUUAGAAUACUAUUCAAUAGGAUUGAGAACUUAGAAAUUCUGAAUUUUUAAGUAUAUAUUAAUUAGGUAUCUAGUACCUACCUGAGUACCUAUUUAUUUUACACAUGGUGAUUAUUUUAUUAUGAUCAAUUUAUUACCUUUCUGUACUUGUCCAUUCUAUAUUCUAAACUUUUAUAACUCAUAAACUCUUAAUCCAAUAUUAGUGCUAAUUUUAUAAAUAUUUUUAGAAUAAUAUUCCUUUUUCUGAUCUAUGUUGAAAAGAGUGGGUUUGUUAUUUGAAAAACAAAGUUAAUACUCAUUUAAGGUAUAAGGAGUUGGGUUAAAAAUUUGAAUAGUGUUAAUAAAUCUUUAUUACUUCUAUACUUAAUGAUUGAAUAAACUAGAAAUCAAUUUUACUUAAAAUCCUCUGAUAAAAUAUGAUAAAAAUAAAAUUAAUUUUAAUUUUAAAACUAUUAAGUUUUGAAAUGGUGCCUAACCUAAAUAUUUGUAUAUUUUUCAGAUCCCAAUAGUGUUGUCAUAAUGCAAGAUAACAAAAAUAAGAUUUAGUUUUAAUUCAUCAAAAGAUAUCUUUUGGCUAAAUUACUCAAUAAAAAUAAGCUGGUUCAUUUAAUAUUAUUUCAUUAUAUAUAAAAAAAAGGUUUAAAAAUCUGUGUACAAACAAUAUUGUUAAAACAAACAUUUAUGAAUGAGAAUGAAAUAAAGAUAUGCUCCCAGCAGUGGAUAAAAAAUUGUAUACAACAAACCAAGAAAUAUCUCAUCGAAAACCAAAAGAAAAAAGACAUAGACAUAAAUUAAAAUCUUACAAAAAGAACAAUGAAUUUGAUUUUGAUAAAAAUUCAGUUCAGUAUUCAGAUGUAAGCUCUGAAGAACUCAGUAGUCCGGAAGCUGGUGAGAUCCAUAGUGAUUUAGAAGAUAAGUAUUGUAGAAUACGCUUUAAAUCAAAAAAAAUAAUAACUGAUAAUUUACUUAUUACAACAAGAGUUUCACCUAGAAAUCAAUCACCUUGUUCUCCUUGUUGGAAUCAAAAUUUAAUACAAAAUAAUUGUUUAAUGUCUGCUAAUAUGAGGUCAAAUAAUUGUGCAGAUAUGUCAUCUGAAACAACACAUCUAAAAUAUAGAAGAAUUAAGAAAUCUAAUAAAAAACCUAAAAGUCCUGGUUCAAAAAGGAAAAAAAAGAAGAAGGAUUUGAAGAACACUUCUGAUAUUAUGUUAUCAGACCCCAAUAAUAGUAAUGUUAAUCUUUCUAAAUGUACAAAUGUGGAACCUAACAAACGUAAUGGUGAUUUUACUGAUUCGGUUAAGAAAUAUAAGCACACAGAAGAGGAAUCACAUACUCCACCAUUAAUGAAAUCAACCCCUAUCAAAGUUUCUAAAGAAGAAGGAAAACAUAUUCAACAUCUGAGAAAAGAAGAUAAAAGGUAACAUCUAUUUAUCUGGCUUUUGUUAACAAAAUAACAUGAGUUUCAAUAUAUUUAAUUAGCCUAGUUAUUGUAAGAUUUACACAAGUAUAUUUUUAAUGGUUUAUUUAAAUAAUUUAUUUUUUUGAAGUUGGGUCAAGAAUCCGCUGUUAUUAAAUAUAGCAAUAAGAAAAGAGUACAGUCGCACACCUGAACCAGCAGACAGUCGAUAUAAUUCUCGGAGUGUUUCAAAACAAAAUAAUCGGUGUGUAUUAAUAUAAUUAAUACAUUUUAAAUAUACAUUUUAAUUUUGUACAUAUUUUAGUGACUCCAAAAGACGUAUGGAUGAUCAUGACAAACAUGCUCCUGACUGUCUCAAACUCAGUAGAACUCGUGAUAAUCGUGAUAAAUACGAAAGAAAUAGAGUACAAAGAAAUAAAUCUGAAAAAGACAAAUCGCCAGUUCAUAGUCACAGGUAUAUUAUUGUUUUAUUUAGAGCUUGUAGACCAUUUUUUCACAAAUCAACUUAUUACAAACUAAUAAGUAUUUAAAAAGAAAAAUUAUUGUGUAUCUUCUGCACCAUACACUGUCGUACUCCUAAUUUCAUAAAAUAUUGUUAAGUAACUCAGGAUCCUAAAAGAUUAUUUUCUACAACUUAUUGAAUAAAACAAAUUAAUAUAGGUUUAAUGAAUAUUUUAUUUUAGGUUAUCGAGAAGUCCAAUUCGAGAUCGCCGACAUCAUGAACAUGGGAGAAGUUCUAAAGUAGCGAUUUCCCGUUCAAGAUCACGUUCUAAAAGUAUACAUUCUCCUCAUCAGCAAAGGUAUGACCAUGCAUAUCACUCUCCCAGACGGGGACAAAAAUCUCCACCUCGUACCUCUUCAAAAGUAUCAAAACACACUUAUCAUGCACCAAGAUUAGUAUCACCUUAUAACUCACGUUCUUCAAGAAAAUCAAGUCAUAUUCGUGCAAGAUAUUCACGUAGCCCUACAACAAAAAAAAAUCGGACACAUAGUAAAUCCUCUUCUCCAGUAAAAGAUACAAGAUUUACAAAUAAACAAUCAGUAAGUAGUGAUUGUGAAAUUGGAAUUUAUAAGAAAAAAAAGCCUACUAAGAGUCCACCAAGACAGUACAAAACUAAACCAAAACUAAGUGAAACAAGUCUGUUUGCUGAAUUAGUUAAAGAUAGACAAAUGAGAGAAUUGGCUAUGAAACGUUUGACACAAAUAAAUCCUAAAAUUGAUGAGAAUGAAGUAGUAGAAAUACAUGAUGAUUCUGACUAUGAACAAAAUACAAAAUUGGCUGAGCCAAGUCAAUUAAAUUCCAAAUCCCCUAAAGAGGUUUUAAAGGAUGAUGUUGAUUCUUGUGAAGUACCCAAAAUUACUGAGAAUACAAUUAAAACCUCUAAGCCUCAAAGCGAAUCAUCUAUUAUUAUUAAUAAUUCAGUUAAAUCAAAUAAAUUAAAAUUAAAAGAUAAUUUAAACCCAUCUGUUUCUAAAAAUCAAAUGAUAGAAAAUGGAAUUGAGCCAAUAGUAGAAGCUAUUUCAUUAGACAAAUCAAACACAACAUCUUCUGAUAAAACCAAACUUGAUGAAGUAGUUGGAACUAAAGAUUUGUCUAAAAUGCCAUUGCCACCUGUCUUUCCAACCCAAAUUGAAAUAUUUCUAGAAACAGACACGAAGAGUUCAAAAAAAAGCAUUAGAGAUUUACCAUUACCUCCUGGUGAGUUUUUCUUAUACAAAUUUAUUAUGUGUAGAAUAUUAUUUAAUACAUUUUAAUGGUUUAAAAUGAGUUUGGGUGCAAGGUAUUAAUGACAAAUAGAUAUAUAUUCAAAUUCAAAAAAUUUAAACUAAUGUGUGGGGAUUAAUUCCACUAAUAUCUAAUGACUCAAUAGUAAAUCAUGCCAGACAGGAUAAGAAAACCUGUUCUUUUAACUGUAAAUGGAGCAUGGUAAUAUUAAUAAGCUGAUUAUGCAUUAGUAGAAUAGACAGUGCAGAUACUAGGUUUUAUGAGGCUCUGGACAAUGCUUUGGUAUAUUUAAUGAUUGUAUACCUAUAUAAUAGUAUACCGUGGGGGUCCAUUAAAACCUAAACAAGUGUGGGGGCCUUGAAUCUAUGUCUCAUUUGUCUUCCCCUAGCGCCAUUGAGAAAAGACCCCUCAGUUAUUCAAGUAUCUUAGUGUUCAUCACUUUUUUUGAGAAACUGGUGACAUUUUCUAAAAUUGUAGAAAUAAACUUAUUGUAUAUAUUUUAACAGUGUAUAACAAGGGUAGUCUAUUUAUAGUAUAGUCCAGUGGUAGUACAUCUGUUUGAGGAGUUCAAUUUAAGCAAUAUAUUUUGCAGGUACAUUCAUGCCUUCCAUCUAUGUGUGAGGUAAUUGAUUUUUGGUGCUGUGAGAAGGAUCACGGAAGGAAAUUAAAGAAAGGAGGUCUGGGGCAUCUAUGAAAACCAUUUAGAAAGAAAGAAAUGAAGUUUAAAUCUAGACACCUAGAUGAAAGAGUAGGUAUAUUUAAAGUGUUACAGAUGAGAGAAUAAUUAUAGGGAGGAUGUUUUAUCUAGAGAAUGAAAGAAGCAUAUGACAAAAGUUUGUUUUGGAUAUGCUCUAGUCUUAACAGACCUUUUGUAAGACAAGGAUGUCAAACAACUACACCCUAUAAUUACUAAUAUUUUUACAACCUUCCCAGUUUUCUAGGUUUUGCAAGAUUCCUGCUACUGACCUGAUUCCUGUUAAAUCUUUGAUUUGGCCAAUAAAUCGAGUACCCUUCUAAAUGAUGCAUUGAUGCAUUUGUUCUAAAGACGAAAAUUCUCUGAUAGUUCUGAGUUGGCAUAGAUAUUUUUUAUUUGAAUUAUAAGAUAAGUGUUAAUCCCAUUUCCUCUAGAACAUGCCAUAGAAUAUUCCAUUUAAUAGUGUCAAAUGCUUUAGUGUAAUUUAGGAAACAUAGUAUAACUAGCGCAUUAUAUUCAUAUAGCUUUUCUACCAGUUUCCUGAUGUUAAUAAGUUAGUCUUUUGUUCCUCUUCCAGGCAUGAAGCCUAAUUGUUCCGAUAAUAUUUGGUUAAGUAGGUAUGGCUUCAAUCUAUCUUGUAUUAGCAGAAAUUGUAGAGAAAUUGUAUAGCAGAAAUUAUCUAGUAUGUUAUAUUAAGGUAAUAGUUCUGAAAUUAUUGCAAUUUUUUUAUCACUUUUUUUGUUUAUUGGAGUGUAUAUAAAUCCACACCAAUCUUUGGGCCAUUCACUAGUAUUCCGUAUCUUAGUGCAUAUUUUGUCCAUACCUAUUUCACCAGAAGCUAUAUCAGCUACAAUGUUAUCUAUGCUAUUGUGAUCAUUUCCACAAUCCAUACCUGGAUAUGUUUUAACAUCCCUUAUUGAUGAUUUCUACUUGUUCCUCACUAGAAUGAAGUCAAUCUGAUUUCUAUACUAUCCAUAUGGUGACUGUCAUGUAUAUUAUAAUUAUUGGAUAUGAUGUUUGAAGUUAAUGUUUUUUAUAAACACAUUUUUUCUAUUUUUCAUUUUUAUAUUUAUUAUUUAUGUUUUAGAUUUUGAGUGAAUUGUGAUUGUAGUUGUGUCAGGUGGUGUAUUGGUUUUACAAUGAUGUUUAUUUUCUGUGGACAACUUUUCUACCAGUAAUUACAAUGAUAGCACUUUUUCUAAAAGGGAAUCUAACUGGGAGGAUACCUUAGGGAAAUCAUUUUUUGUCAUCAAUCUUUCUCUACUGUCCCUACCUCUCCUGUCAGAUUUCCUUUUAGAAAAAGUGCUAUCAUUGUAAACCUAAGCAAAAUUGUUGGUAGAAAAGUUGUCCACAGAAAAAAGAGAUUGUUGUAUUUCGCUAAUACAAAAUUUAAUAUUAAAACUCUUUUCUGAAAAAAAUACUAUAUAAAACUCAAUUAUAUUUUCUUUUGACCACAAAAUACGACAUUUAAGGAACUUCCUGUUAAAUUUUCAAGUAUUUCUACACAUGCAUGUCCAUAGCCCCAUCAUUUGAACAUUUUAAAAUUUUUCUUAUGCCAUCGGUGAGCAUCCAAUUUGCAAGCUUAAUUUCACAAUUUGCAAGUGCUUUGUUUAAGAAGAAAGCCUAAUUUAUCAGGGGUAGGACUAGAGACAUGUGUAUGCCAUCAUUUAGCAGCCAAUUUUCAAGCCCAUCUUCAACAUUUUUUAUUCAUUAUUUACCCCUUCAAUUGCAAAUUUUUAAAUUUAUCCAUUUCCAUGCCUGAAAGCUUUUAUUGUAACAAUCAAAAAUAAAUCUUUAACAAUACAUUAUCAAAGGUGUACAUAAUUACUUAUGAUGUAUUUAUAUACAAAAAUAGUUUUAUAUAGUAUUUUAUGCAUAAAGGAAUUUUAAUACCAAAUUUUAAUGAAAUUCUGUUGAGUAAGAACUUAUGUGGAAUAAAUCUAGUUACAGAUCUAUUGCCAAUUUAAGAACUAUGGUGAAGCCAAAAUUGAGCAGAUUGAUUUAGUUUCGAAAUCAUAGCUUUUUGAAGUUAUAUUAUAUGCAUUCUGUUAAAUAAUAACUCAAUAUUAUCAACUUUAUAGUAUGUAUGUCAUAGUCUAGUGGUGGUAUGUACCUGUUGUCAUCCCAGGAGCGCAAGUUCAAACCUGAAUUUCAUAAAAAAAACUUUGCAAAAUCACGUUGGGUAGGUAAAAUGGAAAAAACAAAUUAAUUUUGUUUCAAAAAAUAAAAUUGAGUAUAAUGUAGAAUUUUUAUUUUUUACAAGUUUUAACAAGUUGAGUGCCUUGAGUAUCAUAUGUAUGUUUCAUGUAUCAGAUGCAUGAUGAGCUUGAAAAUACAGGCCGUAACAUUUUAACUUAAACUUCCACACCCGCCCUGAGAACCACAUAUCGACUGUCCAACGAAAAAGGUAGUAUCUCGAUUUUUUUCAAUAUCGAAGUUAUUACCGCCAUCUGGUAGUGGAUUGUUUUCUCUUAUCGCUGAAACUGAACUUAAUAGUUCAGUGAUCGCCCACGAAAAUGAUUCGUAUCUCAAAACAUCAAAAUAAAUCUCUGGACCAUAGAGUAAAAUGCUCUGGGGCUCAGUUCUUGAAACCGUUUGAUAAGUUCUCGCAUGCAAUAAAAGUUAUCGAAUUUAUGGCAUGAGUCUAAUUUUAAUCGCAUGCAAUAUAAAAUUGGUAUUCUUGAUAAGAUUUUAUCACUUGUCGAAUGCGAUAAAGUAUAUUGACCGAACUACUGUGAUAACAACACAAAAUCUAGAGAUUCACAGAAAUAUAGAUUCUAACCUCAAAUUAUUAUUUCUUAGAGCAACAAUCAUUUUGCCUUACAGGGAGACACUGUUGACUGAUAUAAUUCUACGAAUCGAUUAUUGCCCAUUAGACAUUAAUUAGAACCUGUUGCCAAAAAAUUCAGCGUCACUAGAAUCGAUAGAAUCUAUUCAAAUUAAAACAAAUAUGUACAAAAGUAAUUGUUAGUUGUGUACGAUGAAUUUAUGAAACAUUUUUGCAUUAAUCAAUAAUAAAAAACAUACAUUAAUACAUCGGUAGUCUGUAGUCUAAAAUAAAUAUUCGUAAAACUGAUUAUGAAUUUACUUUUGUCUUUUGUCAUAUAACUUUUAUUUCUAUGUGGGGUCUUAAUAAUUUCAUUAAAUAAAGAACAAGAUCUUUUGUAAGUCGGAAGUUUUUAAUAAAUAAUUUAUUUGACAGUUAAUGCAUGUGGAUCCGUGAUAAAUUCAUAAUGAUAAAUAAAAUAAUAAUUUUCUAAGUAGAUGGUAUUAUAAUAGAAAAAAGUCAAAAAUAUAAUUGGGGAAAUACCAAAUUUAUUACUCAUCUGAUUAUCACAUUUGUCACUGGCUUUAAACUAGUAAUCGACUUACUUAUCGCAUGAUAAUUUUUCGUUUAAAUUUGAUCACUUUUCAAGAAUAGCAUUUUUUGUAAUUCGUGUGAUAACCUAUCAGACACUAAAAAAAAACCGGUUCUUAUCAGUACCUACUUACUUAGAAUAAAGCCGAGUUUUCAUUACACCGUGCAUCGUGUCGUGUGCAUUAAUCUACGUAUUAUAAUUAGCUGAACCAGGCAGUACAUAGUUUCAACCAAUCAGAAUACGUAAAUGUAUGAACGAAACAUAAUGACUGCACACGAAAUAUUUACCUUAUCUAAUAAAAUAUACAUCUGAACAUAAUAAUGCAUCCAAAUAUCCAUAUAGGUUAUAAUAGUAUUAUGAAAUGGGUGACGCAUACGCAGGAGAUACAUACCCUCUUGAUAUGUUGCCAUGUGCCUUAACUAUUGUAUAUCAUGAUUUCAAUUUUUUUUGCAUCGUGAUUUAUGAUUCAAAGUUUAAUUUUUUUAAGAGAAAUUUGAAAGUGCAUAUGAUAAUUUAUAAGUUUAGUUUAUUCAGUUCAUCAAGUACAUUAAUUAUGGUGUGAAUAUUUUAAAAGUGCCUUAAUAAAACAAUCAAUAAUAGAUAUGUAUAGAUUUUUUAUACAUUAUACAAAAGCCAUUUAUUUAUAUAUGAUCAAAACUUUAAAUAUAUUGUUUUCAUGUGUCAUAUUUUUAUAAUUAGAUUAAAAAUAGGAAUGAAGAUUUUUAGAUGAGCCAAAAGACCAUUUUGUAGCAAAUGGUCCAAAGUUUUAGAUUAAAUUAUUUUAAAUGAGAAUCAUUGAUGAUACUUAGUAGCUGUUUAAUAAAAUAACAAUGUGCAUAUAUGAUACUUGAGGCAAGCGUAGAAAAUGUAAGUGAAAAGCAUAUUUGAUAUACAAACUGGUUGUGGCAAGUUAAGAAAAAAAUAAGUUAGUUUAAGCAAAAUAAGUUGUGCAUCAUGUAUGAUACCCAAGAUGAGUUUAGCAAUUUUAAUAAAAUUGAUAAGGCAGUUAACUUGUUAAAAUCAAAUUUUGACGAAAAUCGUAAAUAUUAUGUCAAAACAUGUAACCGAACUUUGCUCCAAAUUUUUUAUUUGCGUUAUCAAUAGUUUAUCCUUGGUUAUAGGUAUAAAUUUAAUAACUUUAUGUAUCCCACUACCCACCUACAACAGUGGCUGCGCCCAUUCCCAGUAUCAGUUAUUUUUAUUUAUAUUUAUAUAUUUCUUAAUACCUAUAUAUUAAAAUUAUACUUUAUUUGAAUAACAUUAUUACAAUAAAAAUCAUUAAUUGAAAAUUGUUUAAUAUUUAGGAACUACCACAGAUACAAAUAUAAGUGAAGAUAAAAAUCUGUCUUUAUCAGAAACGCUAAUUGAGCCUUUGUCUAAUUUUCAACAAAGUGCAGUUAAAAGAUCCAUUAUGUUAGGCUUAGGAUCAGGGUUUCCACAGAGUUUUUCAUUCACUUCAAAUACAGAGCGACCAUUUGGUCCUUCAGAUCGUAGUGUAAAGUUUAAGCGACCAAAGGUUCUUCACCGGAAACGUAGUGCCAAAUCUGCAGCUUCUAGUCCUAUUGAUUGGGGUGAGCAAUGUGUAGACAUGUAUCAAGUUAUCAAUCAAAUAGGUGAAGGAACUUAUGGACAAGUUUAUAAGGCUAAAGACAAUGCUACAGGUAAAUAUUUUAUGAUUAUUAACAGUAAAUUUAUAUUGAUAUUGUAUAUAAUUUUUAUUUUUUUAUGUAUUAUUUAUACAUCUUGUUCAUUUUCUUUAUGUAUUGAUUAUUAAAAAAUAUAUAUAUAUAUGUAUAGAUUAUUUUAUACCAGUUUUAUAUAGCAUAUUUAUUAUUGGUAGGCACAUUUGUAGCACUAAAAAAAGUACGUCUUGAAAAUGAAAAAGAGGGAUUUCCAAUAACUGCUGUCCGAGAAAUCAAAAUUUUACGUCAAUUAAACCAUAAAAAUAUUGUUAACCUAAAAGAAAUUGUCACUGAUAAACAAGAUGCUCUUGAUUUCAAGAAGGUGUAUUAUUACUAUAUUAUAAUUUUACAUGUAUAAAUAUCAUUUUUGUUUGAUUUUAAUAUUUAGGACAGGGGUUCAUUUUAUUUAGUAUUUGAAUACAUGGACCAUGAUCUAAUGGGCUUAUUAGAGUCUGGAAUGGUUGAUUUCAAUGAGACUCAUAAUGCUAGUAUCAUGCGACAAUUAUUAGAAGGUUUAAACUAUUGUCACCGGCGGAAUUUUCUUCAUAGAGACAUUAAAUGCAGCAAUAUUUUAAUGAAUAACAAGUAAACAUAUUUAUGUAUAUAUAUAUAUAUAUAAUGCAUAAGUGUCAGGUCUUGAAAAUAUAUAAUCUAUGCCCUUGGUGUUAUUUACAUCAAUUACUAAUUCCUGAAAUAAAAAAUAUCUAUGUUUUACAUACAAAUAGAUAUAAUUACUUAUUGACAUACAUUUCACUAGGCUCCCCGAUAUUUGCCAAUACCCUACCAAUAUUCAGCAUUAAAUAUUUGCAUUAAAAAAAAAAAAAAAUUGGAUUGGUGGAGGAGUGUAGUAGUAUAUCUUACCCCUUGUUAACUUCAAAAUUAAUAUUAAAUCAUAUAAGAUAUUAGUACAAAAAAAUGUUAUGAUUGUUUAGGUGUUAUUUUGGGUUUUAAAAACAGUACAAUGAAUUUCAUUCGUUGAAUGUUUACAUAAUCAUAUAAUAACUGCUUAUUCUUCAGGGAUGGGUAUAAUACAAAUAUCUAGCCAAAUCCUAUAAAAUAUAAAUUGUAUAAUAUGUAUUAGUAGUAUUAGUACGACAUUAUUAUAUUUGAUUGAAUCAUUUUUUAUUAUCAGAUUGCGUGGCUUAUUAAUUGUAAUAUAAAAUUCCCUCAAAAAAUAAUAUAAUAUUUAGACUAAAAUUCUAAUAGAAUCAUUUUUAAUGAAUAUAUGGAAAUCUGAAUGAACAUACAUUCUAAAAAGUUUUCAGGCUCAGCUUAUGCUUAUUAUUUUGUUGUUGGAAAUGUUUAAAUAAUUAUAUUUAAACCAAUAAUCUAAAUGUUAACAUGUACCUAAAUAAUGGUGAAUUAAUAAUGAAUAGGCUAAAUUAUACCAACAUGUGUGUGUUUAUAUUAUACAUAUUCAUAGUAACACUGUUGCAUUGGACUACCAAUUUUAUAUUAAAAUAAAUAUUAAAUAAUAAUCUACAAAAUAAAGUAAUAGUUUUAGUAUGUUUAUACAAACCAUUAUAAUUAACAAUAAAUUAUUAUAAGUGUAGUAUCAAAAAAUAACAAUUUACUGUACAUUUUCUCCUUUGUCAUAUGAUAGUCAUUUGAAAAAUGAUAAAUAUAGCGCAAUUUUCAAAUAAGAUUAACAAUAAAAUGAAAUACAAUAAUAUUCUAUUUUAUAAUCUAAUAUUAUUAUCUUAAAUUAUGAAUGCAUUAUUUGCCAGCUCUAUAAAUAAAUUUCCUAUACUUAACAUGAUACUAACAUAUAGGCUAAUUAUCUAUGCAUUGAAGCCUGUACAUCUAGAUAAAAUUUAGAUAAUUAAUUUUUUUGGUGCCUUAAAAUUUUACUUUCAAUUUAAUUUUUGAUAACAUUUCAAGAUAACUAGACUAUCAAUAAAAACUUAUUUCAUUUUCACACCUAUUUUUAAACUUUAGGUAAAAUGGUUUCAAACAAUACUGUUUGUUUUAUUUGGAAAUAUCAAAAAAAUUUCAGACAAAUUACCAAUAAAAAUAUUAAAUAGUUUUACAUGAAUUCUAUUAUACAAAUACCACCUAGUUCAUGGACAUAUUUGGUUUGCCUCCACAAAUAUAUUAAGAUUGGUGCUCUUAAGCCCUCCUUUCUUAUCUUUCAUGAACAUAUAGAUAUAAAGUGAAAUUAUUAUCACUUUAAAUUCACAUCUAUUUCUAAUACUUCAUAAUCUAAAAGAUUAAUACAAUAUUAUGGUUGUUAAUUUAUUUAUUUUUAAAUUAUAGAGGUGAAGUAAAAUUAGCUGAUUUUGGUCUAGCCAGAUUAUAUAAUGCUCAAGAUAGACAACGCCCAUACACUAAUAAGGUAAUAACACUCUGGUAUAGACCACCAGAAUUAUUACUUGGAGAAGAGAGAUAUGGAACUUCUAUAGAUGUUUGGUCAUGUGGGUGUAUUUUGGGUGAAUUAUUCUUAAAAAAACCUUUAUUCCAGGUAAUAUUUUAUACGCUAGUUUUGUUAAACUAUAUCUAUUAAAAUAUGUGUAUUUUAUAGGCUAAUGAGGAAAUGAUGCAACUUGAAACUAUAUCUCGUUUAUGUGGUAGUCCAACACCAGCUGUAUGGCCUACUGUUAUAAAUUUGCCUUUUUGGCAUUCCUUAAAAUCAAAAAAAAUACACCGCAGACGAUUACGUGAAGAGUUUACUUUUAUGAAUGAUAGUGCAUUAGAUCUGUUAGAUCAUAUGUUAGAAUUGGAUCCUAGCAAACGAAUUACUGCUGAUAAAGCUUUGAAAUGCAAUUGGUUAAAAAAUGUUCAAUCUGAUAAGUUAGUAAUUAUUAAGUUGUCAAUAAAGUUUAACCACAUAUCCGACAGACUCUAUUUACAUAUUUCUCAUUUUUUCAACAACUAAUUAUUUUUAUCUGUUGAAUUUAUACAAAAUUUUAAUAGUUUAUUCCUGUGUUUCUCAACUUAGGGGUCGCCAACUAAUUAUUUAGGGUUGCUAAAAACUUAAAUAUUCAUUUAGUAGAUGACGACAUUAAAAAGUUUGAGAAACACUGGUCUAUUAAAGUCAUUGUUCUAUAAUCUUCAAUUAUUUUCUAGAGUUGAUGUCGCAGCAUUACCAACAUGGCAAGAUUGCCAUGAACUUUGGAGUAAAAAGAGAAAGCGAGAUCAACGAGUUAAUAAUAAACCUAAGUCCAAUGACACCGGUGAACAACCAACACAUAUAGCAGCAUCAGCAGGGUUAAUUAACAUUAUAAAUUUGUAAACAGUGUGUUCAUGUAAAUUGCGAACACUUCAAUGAAUCUUAUUCGUAUAUAUGAAUUCUGUGUUCAGAAUAUGCUAUUAGCCUACUGGGCCAUUCAUUUUUCUCACAUUCAAUUUUUUUUUAAUGUGAACUAUUUUAAAACCAUAUUCAGAUUUGCUAAAUUUUUUCAAUUCUCAUUGAUUUAUCAACUUAUAUUCUUAAUUUAAAUCUGACCUUAUCAUAGAUUUUUAUGAAGUUAAAAAAAAAAACAAUUUGUCUAAUUGAAAUUUAUUAUUUUUUAAAAAAAAAUAUUAUGUACCAUGAUUUAAUCACAGUUAAUUUACUUUAAUUUAAGUUAACAACAUAAUUUGAGUUAUAAUUAAAUUAAUGUUGGUUAUAAUAAGGGUACAUUGAUUUAAAAAUGUAUCAUUAGCUAUCAGGAAAAAAAACUACUUUAAUAAUUUCUUAUAACAAUAUGAUUAAUUUCAUUUAUUGAAACAAAUACAGUAAAACCUUAUAUGUACAAACUUCUGAGCAGAUCAAAAAGUAUAUUGGUUUUAUAAUAAUUUUUCUAUGAACAAUUUUUUUACUAGUAAUACUGUUCCGAUUUUCAAUUGUAGCACUUUUUCUUAAAGAAAAUCUAGCUGAAGUAGUACAUAAAAGAGGUCAUUUUUUCCCAGGAGCUCUAAUAAAAAAUGUGAACAUUUAGAAAAAUUAUUAUUUCCAUUUAUUUUUAUUAUUAUUAUUAUUAUUAUUAUUGUAAUUCAGUAGGAAAAUACUCAUAGACUUGACAUUUUUACAGAAAAUGUAUAUUUGCCUUUUAUAGAUGUGAUAUAAUUUUUAAACUAUUAGACAUUUUAAUUUUGCGAGUUUAUGUAAUAUUUAUUCAGUAGGUACUCCGUGGAUAAAUUGUUAGACCAAACAGAAAUGGUUAAAAAUUGAACAGAAAAUUCUUUAUAAGUUGUAAUUAUUGGUUAACAAAAAAAUUGAAUUUGAGGAAUUUUUUUUUAUACAAAUUUUAAUAUAAAAAUUGCUCAGAAUUGUUUUCCAUUAGCAAAAAUUAAUCACAUAUAGUUAUACAUUAAAUUCUCUUCUAUAUCCUACCUUGCCAACUUCUCAUCUACAACAGUGGCCCAUCCAUUGUGUGAAGUAUCUUCUUUUUUUUUAAUAUGGAGUUCUCAUUUCAAAAAUAAAAUGUUUUCAUGUACAGAAUACAUUAGUUUAAAGACAUUUAUAAGAGAAAUGUUUAGUCCAGUAGUCUAAUUUUAUAUUCUGAAAUCUAAAUUUAUAAAUAUGCAUAAGGUACAUAGUUCUAAAGUGUUCCUGUAGAUACACUGUGUAUAUGCAUGCUUAUUAUUUAGGUUAUUUAAUAUAAAACUUAUAAACUUUUUUCUGCUUUAGAAUGCCUAUUCCUGAUCUACAAAAUAAUGAUAUGAAUUCUGCUGAUUGUGUUAAGUUGAAUACUGAAAAUCACACCACUGACACUGAGAAUAUAGAAAUUAAUAACUCAAUAAAAUCAGAUGAUGCUGAAAUGCCUUAUAACAACAAUAUAGAAAUAGAUGAAGUAUGAUAAUAUAUUCGAAGGAAAUAAUUUUUUUUGUAACCAUUUAGUCAAUCUGAAUGUUAAUUCAUUUUAAAUUUUAAUAAAAAUUUCUGUAUUAUGUAAGUGCAAUCCUCAGUUUAAUAUUGUAGGUAUAAAAAUCUUAAAACGCAUGUACUAAUAUCUAACAUUGUUUUAUUCAAUGUUUGAAGCAAUUCAUGCAAAAAUAACUGGUAUAUAUUGACAUAAUUUUGUUGAUUCAUCGACUUUUAAGAAUUAAUUUGUCUUGACCAACAAAAAUAUUUAUUAGAUAUUUUUAAAAUAUUAGAUUGAUUAAAAAAAAAUAAUAAUAUUAUAAAUAUAAUGACCUUAAAAGUAUUGAAUGCUCACAUAUAUGUAUAUAUAUAAUCUUAGAACAUAGAUUUAAUUUUAAUAAUUUUAUAUUUAUAGGUUUCAAGUACAACAAUCGAUAUAAAUGAAGAUUUGAACUUGACUCCACCAAUCAAUAAUGAAUUCAAUUCGUGCUUGAAUUCUUUCCUUCCACAAACUGGUCGAUUUUAGGUUAGUAAUUUUAUUAUUCUAUUGUUUUAUAAUUAUGUUAUUUAUGAUAUUUUUAAUAAUUUUUUUUAUUGUGGUAAUAAUUUGUUUAUACAUUGAUGGAACUACAUAUUUAUUAUAUUUUUUACAUUUAUUUUGGACUUAUUACAAUUUAAGUUGUGUUAAUGUUUUUUGUUUACUAUUUUGUAAUAUUCAUUUGAUAUGAAUUGUAUUCUCUUUAUUUAUAUGUUAUUAAGAAAAUUUAAAUUGAAUAUGAAAAAUUGUAGAAAUUUAAUUUUGUCAAAUAUUAAACCUUUGAAUAAAUUCAUAUAUCUAAACAUUAAAUAAUAUGUGGAUAGAAAAAAAAAUAAACCUUAAAUUAAAACAACUGUUUUAUACCAUAUUAUACCAAAGUGGAUUUUAAGCUUUAAUUGAUUUAGUUAUAAAAAUAUGUAUAUUUUUAAUAUUAAUGAUGUAAUUAUUCAAUUAUUGUAUUCAAUUUUUUUUAAUUAUCUAUACAUUGUAAAAGUGAGUUAUUAUAAUUUAUAAUUUCAACACCUUAUACAUUUAUAGCAAUCAUUCAUUCAGGGUAUUUGUAAGUAAUAUUGAACUUGCUGGAACUUUUCGCUAUUUUCUUUAUAAAUCCAGAUUUUGACUAUAUAUAUAGUGUUAUAGUUUAUAGUUUUAAAAAUAAGUUUAAGUAGUUAUAUUUAAUUAUAUUAUUAUGAAUUGAUAAAGUUUAAAAAAAAAAAAACAAAACAAUGUAUUAGUUUUAAAUAUAAUUAUUCAAAUAUUAUUUGUUAAUUUGUAGGAAAUUAAGAUGUUUUUAUAUAUUUACAUAGAUAUAUAAAAAUGCAUAUAUAUUUUACAUUUUAAAAUAUUAUUUUUAAUAGAAAAAUAUUAGCUAUAAUUACUGGGAUAAAUAAUAAUAUUGUAUUUGUUUUAUAUCUCAGUAGUUACAUUUUUACAGUAAGAAAUAUAAAAAAACAAAAAAAUGUGUAUAUUAUAAGUGUCUCUAGUAGGACAUUUGUACAAGAAUUUAUUACUUUGCGAACAAUUAGUUCAACUUUAUGCUUGAUGUGCGUUGUUAUGUAUGUAUAUUGUAUAUUUUUUAUUAAAAUAUUUUUAAAAAAAAAAUGAUUAGCUUUUUAAACCAAUUUUAGUCAAGUUCUCUAUGUGUCCAGUGUUUAGUGAAUAUUAACUUUAGUCUAGCCAGUGACCAAUUCUAUGGUGAGUAGGUAGUCGAGUGGGAGAAAUUUGGGCACAAAACCGCGGAGCUCAUUAAUUUUGAUGUGCGAAGGAGUAGUGUUCUCUACUUAGGACUAUAGUACAAUAAGUCAAUUUUAAAGUUAUUUACUCAAAAAUUAUAAAGGCAGUUUUAAUAAUACUACCAUAAGUUGAUCCACUUAAUACAUUCAUUAUCCAAAAAGUUAUUUUUAUUAUAUUUAGCAUAAUUUCAAAAAAUUGUUUGGUUUUGUAAAAAAGCAUG